AUGUCGGAAGAAGUUCCCCCCAAUACGGACCCAUCCAAUGGUGAAGACAAGAAAAAGGUUGAGCCCAUCACCAUUCGAGUCAAGGAUCAAUCAGGUGAAGAGACAUUCUUUAAGGUGAAGCCCAAUACGAAGAUGGAGAAGAUCUUUAGUGCUUAUGCUCAGCGUAAAGGUGUGCCUGCUAGCGCUCUGCGCUUCUUGUUGGAUGGCACGCGCAUCAGUGGCGACCAGACGCCCAAGAUGCUCGAGUUGGAAGAUCAGGAUCAGAUUGAUUGUGCACUUGAGCAGGUUGGUGGCUCUCAAUACUAA